AUGUCGGACAAGCGCAGAUUAUCAGACGCAGAUGACGGGUUUACCGUCGUUAGCAAGCGCAAGCAGCGCAAGAUGGACCGGCACCGGCCCAAGUUCCAUUACGAUACGGGCUACUUUACCGGGGCAAAGCGGAUCGGGAUUGCGCACAUCCGCGAUCUGUCGCUGUACAUUGUGGCCGAGGCGCAGAAGCCGCAAUGGCUUGUGGUCGAGCAUCACUCGGCCGUGACGCACACUGUUGUUGUGCUCGCGUCCGGCCUUCUGCCAGAGCACCUGGGCUUGGAGUCGCUGAAUCCCAAUGACCGUCUACCUUUCAGUACAGCAGCGGAGGGAUCGCGCGUCCCCAUGGCCCAGAAGUUGUGGGCGUAUGGAUGUCCGACGCGUGCGCCAGGCGACAACCGCCGUCUCCACUCGGUGAUGGGCACGUUACUGCGCGCGCCCCUCCCCGAGGCGCUGAGGAAGAAGCGCGAAGGCGAGAUCAAGAAACUCAGCUCGAGUUUUGUCAAGGGCCGCGACUCGACGCCGCUCCUCUACGUCCUCACGCCUGACGAGAUGGUCGCCAACGGAUACCGCCUCCCGUCAUAUGUUGAGAGCAGCGACCGCGUGUUCAUCCCCGGAGACGUUCCGGCCCGCGACGCCGAGAUCCUCGCCAAGGCACGCGAGAGCGCUGAGAUGGGCGCACAAGGGUCUUCAGCUGGCGCUGUUACGUUGGCCGCGAGCGAUCGUAAGGUCGUCGAGCUCAACGAGGCGGGGCAGCGCACCAGGGGUAACGUCCGCGCUGACGAGGGAUGGGUCGAGACGCCGCGGGCGCAGGGACCACCUCCCAGUGAUGAGUACCUCGUCCGCGCGAUCGAUUGCGAGAUGGUGCUGUCAGAGGACGGACAGGAGCUCGCACGCGUGUCUGUCGUCGACCUCGAGACUGGCGAGGCCGUGUUUGACGAACUCGUGACCCCGCCGAAGCCUGUGACCGACUACGUGACUCAGUGGUCAGGUAUGACGGAGAAGCGCAUGGCCAAGGCAAAGUACACGCUGGAGACUGUGCAGGAGGCGCUGGUCACUGGGCCCAAUCCUAUCAUCACGCCGCACACCAUCCUCCUCGGACACAGCUUGGACUGCGACAUGGCGUCGCUCAAGAUCCGCCACCCUCUCAUCAUCGACACUACCCAUAUCUACCGGCACGCGCGCGGACCGCCGUUCAAGCCAGCGCUCAAGUGGCUGACGAAGAAGUGGUUAGGGCGCGAGAUCCAGGGCGGGGCUGACGGGCACGACUCGCGCGAGGACGCGCGUGCGUGUGUCGACCUCCUCCGCAUGAAGCUGCAGCACGGCCCGGACUUUGGCGACCCGAACGUCGACUCUGAGUCGGUCUUUGAGCGCAUCAACCGGACGGGUGGCAAGGAGCGCCGCUCUCUCGUUGCCGACUACGGUAACCCGCGCGCGUGGUUUGGCGCAAAAGCCACCACCGUCGUCGCGUGCACGAACGACGACGAGGUCGUCGACGCGGUCGCUGAGCAGGUGGGCGAGCACGAGUUUGUGUUUGCGCGCCUGACCGACCUUGCAAACGUGCAGAACUGGAACACGAGCAGUGAGGGGAUGAAGACUGAGGACGCAGAUGAAGAGGUUCUCGACGCUGCGCUCGCCCGCUUUGACGCGCGCUUGACCCGCCUACACGAGUCUCUGCCUCUCAACUCUGCCCUGGUUGUGUUAACGGGACAUGCGGACCCGCGGCCCAUGCUCCUCCUCGCCGCGCGCCAGAGGCGGUUCGAGGCAGCGUACAGUGCGGCGAAUGGAGACACGGGGGCGAUACCGGCCGAGGACCGGUGGACGACUGCGGACGACCGCGACCUUGAGGCUGCGACUGCGGAGGCGCGGCAGGGCAUGGCGUUCUUCUGUGUGCGGUAG